UAUCGCUAGCUUGUCAAACUUUGCUAAUAAGCUUGGCAAGUCGCAAUGGCUAGCACCAACAAUCUUGUAGCACUUAGCCUCAUUCUUUUCUUGAGCAUUGGAUUAAGCGACGCCAUUAGGGUGGCUAGAUACUCCAGUUCUCAAGGGAUGGGACAAGGAGGGGGCCAUGGUGGGGCGUAUCAAAACGGUUCAGGCUCAGGGGUUGGACUUGGUUCGGGAUCCGGUGAGGGUGGUAAGGAUGGAGUCUAUGCAAGUGCUGGAGGCGGAGGUGAAGGCGGUGGCUAUUCAAAGGAUGGUGGUUCUGCGUUUGGUGGUGGGUCUGGUACGGGAUCCAGUUCCAGUCAGUAUAGCUCAGGACCAUCUUACGGUAAUGGUGGGUCUACUCUUGCUGGGGGCAUCGGUGGUGGCGGUGGCGGCGGACAAGGUUCGGAGAAAAAAGACUCUGGUGGCUAUGGUACCGGAGGUGGCACGGGAUCCGGCUCUAGUGAGGCUAGUUCCGGCGACCCACCCUCAGCUACACCACCGUAUGCAAGUGCAGACGCUUCUGGCAAUGGUGGUGGCAUGGGCGGCGGUCGCGAUGGUGGGACUGGUGGUGGUAAAGGCAACGGGUCUGGAUUCGGUGAAGGACAGCCUUGAAGGUUUCCUACAAUGCAAGUUUUCAAGCUGGAGGCCAAAAGAUGCUAUUUCACUUUCAUUUGCUUUGCAAUUUUUUAGUUUUUUUUUGCCCCUGUUUUGUACUUCUAGAGAGGAACUAAUAAUGGUUUCCAGCAACCCUAGCCAUGACCUAGCAAUGUAAGUUCAACAUAUCAGAUCUGAAGAUUGUGUGGUCAUAGUAACUCAUUGUGUGUUCUAUGUUCUCAUGUCAUCCUGGCCAUAUAUAUAUGUAUCCCUAAUAUUGUUUCUA